AUGUCCCAUUGGCUUUCUUUUGCUAGAACAACCUCCCUACUAUUUCGAUCAAAGCCAAUAAGAAUAAACUUUACCAAAUCUAAAAACAAUCGUCUAUUAAUGACUCUAUCCAAAGGAACUCAAGAAAAAAUUCGCACCGCCUCCAAUGAUGGGGACUAUAUUCCGUUAAUUGCCUCUAUUGAUGUGGGGACUACCUCGUCGAGAGCCAUUCUUUUCAACAAGAUGGGCCAAGAGAUUGAAAAGCAUCAGAUAGAAUAUUCAACUUCGGCAUCGAAGGGUAAGUAUUCAGUGCUAGGUAAGAGAAGAUUUUCAGAUGAAAGUAAUGAAACAACGGAAGUACCAUCAAAUAAACCUUCCACCAUCUUUUCUGCUGAAGGUGUUACCAUUAGACAAACUCCAAAUCUGGAAAUUGAAGACUUAUUACUCAAUCAAUCAGCGUCCACCACUGCCGCUCACCUCUCGAUGUCUGGCCCUACUUUGGAAUUUCCCAAGCCGGGUUGGAUUCAGUGUAAUCCUAUGGCAUUAUUGGCUAACGUAGUUCAGUGUCUAGGUUCCACUUUAGUAUCACUAUCUGACUUGAAUAAGGAUCGUAUCAAGAAAUCAUUCCCUCCUUACAAAAUAGGUUGCAUCGGAAUUACCAACAUGAGAGAAACAACCUUAGUCUGGUCAAAAUCUACCGGGCUACCAAUUAUUAAUUAUGGUAUUGUAUGGAAUGAUACUAGAAAUUUACCUUUAAUAAGAACACUACAGGAAACUGUUUCCAAUGAAACUGCAAAGAAGAUAACUAAAAAGACUGGUCUUCCAUUAUUUUCCACUUAUUUUUCCUGCUCAAAACUGAAGUGGCUAUUGGAAAACGAACCACUUGUACAAAAGGCUUAUCAAGAGAAAGACUUGAUGUUUGGUACUGUUGAUACAUGGUUACUCUAUAACCUGACAGUUGAAAAGGCCUUUGUUUCCGAUAUUACAAAUGCAUCAAGAACUGGGUUUAUGGAUUUGAAUUCCUUGGACUACGAUGAUGAACUAUUAUCCUUUUGGAGGAUUGAUCCAAAACUUGUUCAUUUACCCAAAAUUGUUUCAUGUUCCGAAUAUUAUGGACAAUUAACUAUCCCAGAAUUUACCAAAAAUUUGUUGUCAACUGAGAUUUGGGAAGAAUUGAAUAGAUUUAAGAAUUCCAGGGUUCCAAUCCAAGGCUGCAUCGGUGAUCAAAGCGCAUCAUUAGUGGGACAGUUGGCAUUUAAGACAGGCUCUGCCAAAUGUACAUAUGGUACUGGCUGUUUCCUAUUAUAUAAUACUGGUACCGAAAAAAUGAUCUCUGAACAUGGGGCUCUAACAACACCAGCAUAUUGGUUCCCAAAUUCCACGGAACAACCUGAACCUCAUUUUGCAUUAGAGGGUUCCAUUGCAGUUGGUGGGUCUGUAGUUCAGUGGUUACGUGAUAAUUUAAGAUUAAUUCCUAAAUCGGAACAUAUUGGUCCCUUAGCAUCCAGAGUUCGUGAUUCAGGCGGUGUUGUAUUUGUCCCUGCAUUUAAUGGAUUAUUUGCUCCAUAUUGGGAUCCUGAUACAAGGGCUACAAUCAUGGGUAUCUCUCAAUCUACCACUGCAUCCCAUAUUGCUAGAGCUGCCAUUGAAGGUGUUUGUUUCCAAGUUCGAGCCAUAUUGAAGGCCAUGGGGUCUGAUGAAGUAUAUGGGGAUUCAGCCUACGAGAAGAAGAACUUGGCAACUUUGGCAGUUGAUGGAGGAAUGUCCAAAUCAAAUGAAGUGAUGCAAAUUCAGGCUGAUAUUUUAGGUCCUUGCAUUAAACUAAGAAGGUCACCCAUUGUUGAAUGUACUGCACUAGGUGCUGCUAUUGCUGCAAAUAUGGCAUAUAAGAAGGAAGCCGAAAGAAUCCUAUGGAAAGAUUUGAAUGACGUUAAGAAAUGGAUUAUGUAUAAUGGAUACGACAAAGAUGAAGGUAUGCCUACAAUAAUGCAUGACAAUUUAGCAGUCUUUAAAAGCAGUAUUGAUGAUGCGGAAAGAAGGAAGCAUUGGAAAUUAUGGCAAGUCGCUGUAAAGAGAUCCAGAGGAUGGUUAACAGACGUUGAUGGGGAACACGAGGACGUCCUAGAACCAUAA